UUUGCUUUUCGUCCCCUGACGACUGCUCGACAUUUUUCCUUCCUGAGGUCCUAGUAUUUGUAAUGCGCAUCUACUUGUGAUUCUGAAGAACAAUACCAGAUACUUUAUUAUCAUACCAUAAAUGGCAGAAGAACUCAUGGUAAAAAUUCGGUUUUUAGCGUUCCACUUUCCCGGUCACCGUAUAUGGAACGUGUUGUAAACAUUUCUCUCAAAUUAAGGAUGCGUGUUAAAUCUAGUUAUCAGCCGUGAUUCCUCGCGCGACUUUCGAAGCGUGCAUUGCGAGUUCUUCCUUACCCAGCGUUUAUUCUCGGUUCGGCGUGACAUGGAGACAAUGGAUGAGUGGAUCUGUGAUCAGGAUACCCUUGGAUACGACGAGGCUUGUAUCAACUUACGCACAGAAGAUUCGAACGCCUGGCUCUACCUGCUUUCCGCGGAUUGCGCGCUGUGCCCAUAUACUAGGAUCAAGCAGAUCGUAGUAAAUUGGACUUCCAGCGUGACGAUCGAUACUAUUCGAUCCACGAGCUUGAGAGUACUGGAUGCCGAGGAUCCCAACGAAUUUAUAUCCGCUAAAAAUACCAGCGACGUGAUCUGUGAACUGACUCCGAACCUGGGACAGUUCGGUGUGUACGAACUUUCUAUAUUAAAUCGAAGCUGCGAUAUAAAGAUUCUGAACGCGCCAACUUAUCCUUAUACAGAGCUUCUUGUUAUUUUUGGAGUAUUGUUACUCGUUUUAUUUGGUCUGUCUGGCUUGAAAUCACUGUGGCACGUAUGCAGGAAGAAAUAUAUGAAAAGUCAGGUGGAUGAUGGCGCGAUGAAGGAACCCGCGAAACGUCGAGUGAAGGCGAUUGACACGGUGCGGGGGGCCAGUACGUUGUUGAUGAUAUUCGUGAACGAUGGAUCGGGUGGUUAUAGGACUCUUGGGCAUGCGACUUGGAAUGGGUUACUUCCGGGAGAUUUGUUGUUCCCUUGCUUUAUAUGGAUCAUGGGCGUGUGUAUCCCCAUAGCGAUGUCCAGUCAGAUGAAGCGCAUGACACCGAAACACCAGAUAUUAUAUGGAAUCGUCAAAAGGAGCAUACUUUUAUUUCUAAUCGGGUUGUCUCUGAAUACGGUGAGCACGGGUGGCCAGCUUGAAACCAUUCGCAUAUUCGGUGUUCUGCAACGAUUCGGUAUAACUUAUUUCGUUGUCGCUCUGUUAUAUUUCCUUUUAAUGCCGAGGAGACCAAGCAAGGUACAAUCUCCAAUGUUACGAGAAGUGCAAGAUUUUCUUCUACUUCUUCCUCAAUGGUGCGUGAUGCUCGUGAUUGUGGUCGCUCAUUGCGUCAUAACAUUCUGUUUAAACGUUCCAGGAUGUCCCACUGGAUAUCUUGGCCCCGGUGGUCUUCACGACGACGCGAAAUACUUUGACUGUGUGGGCGGUGCAGCAGGCUACAUUGAUAGAAUAAUACUUAAAGAAGCUCAUUUGCACCAUUCAGCUACGGUUUAUAAAUCUGGACCGUACGAUCCUGAAGGAAUUCUAGGUACCCUCACAACGGCGUUCCAAGUCUUUCUUGGCCUACACGCUGGCAUAAUCAUGAUGACUUACAAAGACUGGAAAGAACGUGUAAUCAGAUGGUUAGCAUGGGCUGCGUUCUUUGGUUGCGUAGGAUGCGUUCUUCAUUUUACCAACGUAAUUCCCGUCAACAAGAAAUUAUGGUCACUGUCAUUCGUAUUCGUAACCACGUCUUUUUCCUUGGCUUUCCUUUCUGCCUGCUACUUGCUCGUAGAUGUCGUCAAGGUGUGGAACGGUGGACCUUUUCGUAUUCCUGGUAUGAAUGGUUUACUGCUGUACGUUGGCCACAUGGUGUGCUAUCAAAAUUUCCCUUUCCACUGGAGCAUCGGUAGCAUGGAGAGUCGAGGACUGCGUUUAUGCGAGGCCAUUUGGGGCACUGGAUUAUGGUCAAUUAUUGCAUACGUUAUGCAUGCAAAACGCAAUUACAUCAGCCUAUGAUAAUAUACGUUCAGCAACCUUCUACAUGUGUAACAGAAAUUUUGUACACGAUGUUUAAAAAAAGAUCAAAGGUUGCUAUCCUAUUUAUUUAUUCUUAUUAAAUGAAAGAUGAUCGAAAGUUGUUACAAAAGGCAGCGAGGGGUAGACUAAUUCGAAAUGAGGUUUAAAGUAAACUUUGCAAAUAAUUUAUUUUGCACAAUUUACAUAAAUAUAGUACAACGAUUGAUCGAGGUAACAUGAUGGUAUUCGACACGAAUACACUUCGCGUUGAUUCCUUUUUAUCUCGAACGAAGAUAGUGAAACAGCGAACCAGUCGUGUGAUUCGAUUCAGUGAAUGUCGUUAGUCGUCGAUCGUUCGAACGACCGAUCGAUCUCUCAAAAGAUCUUCGUCCCACACCGUGGGAUUAAGAGGGAGGAAGAAGAAGUAAAAUAAGGGGAAUGGUGGAAGGGAUAAAGCGAAAUCUAUACGGGGCAACAAAUACAAUGAGGUGACGUGGGAAGAUCUCAGGAGCAGUCCUAUGGUAUCGAUGGUUGUCUUGUUAAAACGAAUCGCGACGAAUCGUCGUAAACAAAAUAAAAAAUCAAAAAAGAAAGAAAAGAAAACACACUAGCCACGCCAUGUUUCUGAUGGAGGCAUCCGUCCUUGUUCAGUAAUCCGCUGUAUCAGGACCUAAAAAUUCAGACAGACUAGAUUAUUAACAUCCUAUAAUUAUCCUAUGCUUUGGUUUAAAAUAGAAGAAAAAAUAUAAUAAAAGAAAAGAAAUAAUAAAAGAAAAAAACUGCUCCUAUCAAUGGUGGAUUGUCAAAACUUGGAAUUCUCUCGCGCUACGAUUUUUGCAGAGGGACAUUAUUUUCUAUGUAGAAAGGAUUCAGCGUCGUUCAAUUGCGUGAAAUAAUUGGUCCUCAUUAUAGUCUAUAAAUUCGUUCCAAAACUUGCUGGUUAGUCAAGAUACAAUUGAAAAAUAUUCGCCUACUUUUUUUCAUUAGAAACUAUUAACCACAGAGUGAGGAAAAUUGGGAAAAUUUUGAGUAACCAGUUAAGAUUUAACAGACUGUAAUAGUUAUAAUUAGAGCAAUAUAAAAUGACGAUAGUUCGUAUUACAUUAUGAUACUUUAUAAUGUAUUACGUUACAAUGUAUUACCUUAUAUUAC